AUGGCCCUGUUUCUCGGUCAGCACCAGGCAGAGAACGAGAAUUUCGGGGUGGAUUGGGUCAUCCACUAUGAAUUUGAUGGUGUUGGUAUGGAUAAGAAAGCGCUAGCCUGCCAAGGCACUCAACAAGCAAUUGAGGAGUUCAAGACUCUGAUCAAUGAUCUCGAUGCGGUCGGUCUCCAGAUGGAAGUGCGCCAUGGCACUGGCGCCUCUUUGCUCGUCUUCGUCAAGGUACCGCGGGAACUGCUGGGAGCUGAGAUGUACAAGUCUAGAGUAAAAGACUGGUUGUAUGGCAUUUCGCAUGCGUUCCCAGAUGAUGAUGCCCACGCGCUCGUCGAGGGAGAAACCGAAGCGGAAGAGCUUCGAGCAAUCUACCAUCUCGUGACUUGGCAAAAAGAACAGGGCGGUGCAGGCAUCAUCGCGAACCUGGGAAAAUGGUCAAAUGUCAAGGCCUCGUUUCCCCUUCACAGCAAGAGCACCAACGAUGAAUUGCUCCGUAGAUGGAGCAAGGCGACCAUCCUGAGAGCGGAAGAUUUCGAUGAGAUACGGAGUCUGUUCGGUGAAAAGGUCGCCUAUUAUUUUGCUUUCAUCCAAUGCUACUCGAUUUUCUUAGUUUUCCCAGCAGUGUCUGGAUUCAUCUGCUGGGCGUUUUGGGGCCCGUACUCCAUCACGUUUGCGGCGCUGACUUGCUUAUGGAGUCUCGUUUUCGUGGAGUACUGGAAGCUGAAAGAAAAAGACCUUAGCAUUAGAUGGGGCGUCAAAGGCGUCGGGGCACUCAAGGUGAACAGGGAACAGUAUCAGUGGGAUAGAGAAGUCCUAGAUCCAGUCACAGGAGAGAUCAGACGGGAAUUUUCAACCAGUAAACAAAUUCUUCGUCAGCUUCUACAGCUCCCCUUCGCAGUUUUGGCCAGUACUGUUCUGGGGGUCUUGAUCGUCCUCACAUUUGCAAUGGAAGUAUUCCUCUCGGAGGUGUACCAAGGACCCUUCAAGAUAUACUUGGACCUUUUGCCCACGGUUAUACUCUCGCUUCUGUCGCCAACAAUAACCAAUUUCCUUACAGAUCUCGGGACUCGAUUGACCGAUUACGAGAAUUAUCGCACUUCAGACCAGUACGAACGAGCGCUGACCCAAAAGACAUUUGUGCUCAACUUUAUUACCUCAUUUCUUCCGAUAUUUUUGACGGCAUUCAUCUACGUCCCCUACGGCGCCAAAAUAGUCCCGUACCUGGACGUUUUCCGUGUCAAGGCAGCAAGAUCUUCCUUUCUGUGGGGUGGGCCGGUAACCGAGCAACAUUAUCCAGACCUUCACGUGGAUCCAGCACGACUCCAGCAGGAGAUUAUAUAUCUCACGGUGACUGCGCAGGUAUUAAGCUUUGGGGAAGAGAUGGUUAUUCCGUACAUCAAACGUCUCUUUUGGCGAAUGUACCGUGAGUACAAGAACAGAAAAUUAGAGAACAACGCUCGCCGACGUCCGCGUUCCCAAACUCUGGAUCUUUUGCUGAACGACAUGCCUGAGGAAUCACAAUUCCUAAAAACAGUCAGACACCAGUGUGAUGCUGAGUUGUACGAUGUUCAGGAGGAUAUUCUGGAGAUGUGUCUUCAGUUCGGUUACCUGGUCCUGUUCGGAGCAGCAUGGCCACUUGUUCCUCUAGGCUUCUUAAUCAACAACUGGAUUGAACUCCGCGGAGAUUUCUUGAAGAUUAGUUUGGAGUGUCAACGACCGCCUCCUAUUCGUGCUGAUUCCAUCGGACCAUGGCUUCAAGUACUUGAGUUUCUCACCUGGCUCGGUGGCCUUUCCAGCGCGGCAAUCGUCCAUCUUUACCGAGGUGAUAUCCAAACAGUGAAGCUGUCAUCUCUGCUAUUGACGCUAUUCGUUACGGAACAGGCAUUUCUUCUUGCCAAAUUUCUGGUCCGAACUAUUCUGCAGAAAAUCGGUGCCGAGACUCUCCGCCGCGAGGAGCAAUACUGGUAUUCUAUACGGAAGCGUUACCUCGAGACGUUCUCGGAUGAGGCUGCGAAGCUAUCGCGGGCGCGACGUAACUCGCGCAUCCCCCCUGGUUCAGUCGAAGGGAUAAAUCCGGCCUUCACGGGUGAAAAGCCUAAUUUCGUGACCCUAGAGGACGAGUUCGUUCCCAAGUUUACUCGAACAAACAGUGGCCGCUUGCAAAUUUCCGAACAAGCCACUCGAUUCUGGUCCUGGCAGAAAACAAGCCAACAGACUAUUGAUGCUGGCGUCAAACUUAUUCAGAUGCUGUCAGUGGCGGGGCAGUCUAAGAACGCCGCUGCGAAAAAGUCCCAGUGA